UUGCCUCAUGUUACAUUUUUCCAAUUUUCGCUGAACGGAAAUUGGAAUGUAGCAAGCAAAUUGUGAUGACAAAUCUGAAAAGUGUGCUGUAAACUUACUCUCUAUACAGAAUUCAUUUUGUUUAACGGCUGUGAUAAUGAUAGUAGCUCACGUGAAGCACAAGUAUUGAUACGAAAAUCGAAAAGCAUUCGUAAUCAGCAACAGGUGUAUUUAUCUUUUCGUUGGGUGGAAGUGCGUCAUUACGUAAAGCUGCAUGAGAUAGUGUUGCAAGUAUUUUGCUGAAGGUAAAUGUGAAAGUUGUAGAAUGUCUGUCCCAGACCAACUGAAAACUAAGAGAAGAGCCAGAGUCAAUCGAAUGAGGAGAUGGGAUCAAAUUGAUGACAAGAUGUGGAAUAAGUGGGAGAAAGUAUUCAAAGAAAAAUUUAAGAAUUUCAAAGAUUCCUGGACACUUGCUGUAACAAAUGAUUGUCCAUCUACACAUGAAUGGGAACACUCAUUAGAAGAAAAGUUAAGCAUGGCAUGCAAGUGCAAGGACUGUAACCAUGUAUGGGUUACAGACAAUGGUAUUGUUUGUUUCUACUAUGCAUUUAAUAAGCAGUCCAACACUGGAGAAAUUGCAGGAAAAACCCUUAUUGUUUGGGUGAAGCCUCAAUUAUGCCCCAAUAAGGAAAAAUGUGGCUCUUCCAAUCUGCCAAUGAUAGAUGUGUACCAGGAUGAAGUGGAGGCUGUGCUGAGCUAUCUUAUGAUGGAGAUUGGUUGGUAUUUUUACCAAAUUAAUUACUCAAAGGAUGAAGAAAAUCAAAUUGAAAGCCAACGGAAACUGCGCGAGAGAAAAGCAAAAGAGAAAAAAAAUCCACAAGUGAAGAAAGGAUCGUCGAAAUUAAACGGUGAUAUCCCAUCAUUGGAUCAGAUCCCUCCAUUCAAGGAAAAUGUGAGUGGUGGUUUACAAAUUGCGAAACCUAACGAAUCGAAACCACCCGUCGACAUGAGACGCAUCACAAAAUUGAAAAAUCGAUGGGAUAAAUCUCCAGAACAAAUCAAACAGGAAUGGGAGCUAAGUUUUCAAAACAAGUUUGAAUAUUUUACCCAAAAAAAUCCCACGCAUAAGUGGAUCAUGAGCCUGGAGAAAGUCACCAAGGAUCACCCUCUAAGAAGAGAGCAGAAAUGGGAGCGAUUCCUCGGAGAGAAAGUUGAAGCAGGAUUUAAAUGCCCGAAAUGCGAAUACGUUUGGGAAUCGAAAAGAGCCUGGAUAAGCUUUUGGAUGUGGCUGAAUCCACCAAAUAGCGAAGGAGUUCGUAUUGGUCAAGUAGCUGUUCAUAUUCUAGGCCAAAAAUGUUUCAAUUGUCCUGGAAACCCAAAUAGCAAACCGUACUAUACAGGAGACUUACAACCUGAAGAGAUUGACGCAGUAUUGAGUUUUCUCUUGAUGGAAAUCGAUUUUCAUUAUUACGGGAACGAAAAUUAUACGGACUUGCACGAAGAAGAAAUUGAAAAAAAGCGGAUCAAUUCGCCGAUACAUUUUGUUAGUAGAGGAGUUCACAGAAAAGAAUUGUGCCAACCGUGCCAACAAAAGGUUUGCAAGAAAAGAGUUACCGCGGUAUAUCCGAAUCCGGUAGUGCCUGCCCAAUAAGUUAUCGCUGCAAGCAUCAUUGCUACAAGGAAUUUUAUUAUAUUCCAUUUUAACUUUUAAAUCAAGAACUUUUAAACUAAGAAGAAGAAACAAAAGGAAAAUCAAUCUUUCAAUGCUACUUACAUUUUGAUUGUAAUUCAGUAACGUCAUGUGCCAUAUACCCUACCAUUGUUCAAAAUUAAACAAAUGUCAAACUUUUGUUCAUGCUUAGUUGCGUGAAACAACCUGAAAAUAGUGUGAUUAAAAUUGAAACGGAUAAUUUA